AUGGACACGGCAAGACCCACCACCAGCACUGUUGACUUUGGUUUCAGCGUAAACCGCGCUCAUUUGAGGGGGAAUUUAGUCGAUCUCACGACAAUUGUCUCCCUAUGGAAGGCACUCUUCUUCCGACGGCACUCUGAGACGCUUCCACCCAUCGAGGAAAGCGUCAAACUCCGACGCCAGUUAGCUGCCAUUCACCCAGGAUCGCACGUUCUACAUCUGGCCGCAUCACUCAACAAUAUAUGUGGGGCUCUUUCCGAGGCACUUCCAUUUAUCCAAGAGAGCGUCAAACUUGGACGCCGACUAGCUUCCAUCCACCCAGGAUCACACACCCUAUAUUUGGCAACAAUCUACAUGGUGCUCUUGGACGGCACUGCGAGGCCCUUCCAUGCAUCGAAGAAAGCGUCAAACUAG